AAUCUAAGCUAAGAUGGCGGUCAAUUUGUGGAGUUGUGGUUUUCAGGUGAUAAAGAUAUGCUGCUAGCUUGAUUGAAUUACUGUUCUUGUCAUCAUGGGGCACAAAGGGAGUAAGCUAACUCAGCAAGAGAUGCGAGAGCUGCUUAAGUGCACUUACUUCGAUAAAAAGGAAUUACAAAAGUGGUAUCGAGACUUCAUGAAAGAUUGCCCCUCCGGUGAGCUUAGACAAGAGGAGUUUCAAAAAAUCUACCAGCAGUUUUUUCCAUUUGGUGAUCCAUCAAAGUUUGCAGCCUUUGUAUUUAAAGUUUUUGACAAAAACUCUGAUGGAUCAAUUAACUUCACUGAGUUUAUAACUGCCUUAUCAAUUACUUCCCGAGGAAGUUUGGAUGAGAAAUUAGAGUGGGCAUUUAGUCUUUAUGACCUUGACAAAGAUGGAUACAUCACACGAGAUGAAAUGCUAAAGAUUGUGGAAGCAAUCUACUCUAUGGUGGGUAAUAUUAUAGAUUUGCCAAAAGAUGAAGAUACGCCAGAAAAAAGAGUAACCAAGAUUUUCAAACAAAUGGACAAGAACAAAGAUGGCAAGUUAACAAUGGAGGAGUUUCGUGAAGGUUCCAAGUGUGACCCUUGGAUAGUGCAGGCCCUAGCUAUUGAUCUACCACAGGAGGAUCCCUCACAAGCUGAUGAAGACUGAACCACAAAUCAAUUCCUUAGAAAGUGUGAUCUACACUUACAUGUGCAUGUAGCUAGCAGCAGUUAAUCCUCAAAUUAUCCUACAGAUAGCCUCACAACUUUCAUUGAACAGGUCAACAUUUUUCAUUAAUUUGCUAGGCUUUUAUUUUUCACAUUUCAUGGUCUCUCUAGGGAGCUGCUCUUCUGAAGUUUGACCCAUAAAGGUAAAGAAUUCUCAAUAACAGUUGAGAAGUUAUUCUCACAGCGCAGUGAAUUUUAACAUGAAAUUGCAAGGAAAAGGAAUAUAUGCUGAAUAGAGUACAGAAUGGGAACAAGAUGGGAAUAGAUUUAGCUUAUAAAUAAUUGCAUCACUGCAAUGGAGGGUUUUCUUGUUCAUGGAGGUAGAGGAUUAUUACCAAGGAUAUGCCUUAUCAUCUAUGGAGAGAUAAAGUAUUGAUUUUAUAGCUUUCACUGAUCAGUGGAACAUGUAGCUUAUCAUGGUGUACUUGAUGUUAUCUAGCACAUAUAAGAGGCACUGUUGAAUACUUGUAUCUAGGAGACCAAAAAUGUUGGUUGAAGUGUCUCCAAGCCCGCCUCAUAUCUGUGUUGAAGUUUUAACCUUUAAGUGAUCUUUGCAAUGUGCAAAUUUUUGUUAAAAAUUAGAAUGUAAAUGGACAUUUAUCACAACAAUGCAAACACUCGUUUUUUUGCUUAUGCUAGAGUUGUAAAAUAUUCAUUAAGUAAGGUGUGAAAUAAUUUAUUAUUUGUGAUUUGGUUCUUGUUAACAGGUGUAUAUGAUCUUUUGUAUCUGUUAGUGACUAUUUAAAGAGUGUGUAUAAAAAUUUUAAAUGUUUGAAAGUAUGAAAUGAUGUAGGUCUCAAAUUUUCUCUUGGUAUAGUUUAAUGUAGAGCCCUUUGCAGUUGUUAUAAAUAUCUCUGUGUUAGGUCCUACAGUGUGACGUAGUGCAACACUUGGAAUAGUUAUUGCAGAGAGCCAAGAUAACAUUUUCAAGGAGAAAUUGAUUUUCUAUCAUUAAAUGGGUGUUAAACAAGUACCAGUUGGUAAUGACAUUUUAAAUAGUUAUUUCAUGGGAAACACUUUGUCUAUUAUAAAUUUAUCUACAUUGAAAGAUGCAAACUCUUGUUAUGGCUUCAAUUAAAUAAGAUGGAUGAUACCAAUGUGGCUUCACCAAUAAUUCAGAAUUGAUCAGGUGAUUAUCAGAGUAAAUUAAAAAUGUAGCUGUUAGUUUGCGUCUUCACGUUCAUCUUGUCACACAUUAAAAAACAGAGAAGUG